AAAUUAUCAUUAUUACAAUUCGAGAGGCCAUAAAAUGCAGUUGUCGGUUCGUCAAAUCAGUAACAAUACAACAGCACCUUGUAUUUCGUGCAAUAAACUCAUUUUUGUGAUCCUGCUAUUGCUUCAUGUACAUGUCAGCUGUGUAGCGGCUGAGCGAAUAUGUCAUCAAUGUCAUGGUAUUAAUUGUCUACGCACUACUUAUGAGGCCACACAAAAAUGUCUUAGCGAUUUGGAUAUCUGUGUAACCGUAUUUGAUGGACAAACUAUACUGGCUCAAGGUUGCCUGGAACAACUUUCCGAAGAAUUGCGCAAUAAAUGUGGUAGUGAGGCACAGUUUCAAGACUCUAAGGAAUCUAAUGAAUGUUUUAAAUGUAACGAAAAUUUGUGCAAUAAUUUGGCAUCAAGUUCAUUUGAGUGUAUUCAAUGUGAUUCUAAUAAUGAUGAAAAUUGCCGCACCAACCCAAAUAGUUUAUUGCCAUCAAGAUGUGGUAUUUCACGAACCCCAAAUGAAUAUUGUUUUGUUAAACGUCAGGGAAAUCGAGUGACUCGAGGCUGUUCUAAUACAUUGGAAGAACAAAAGUCAUGUUUAUCUAGUGCCGAUUGUAUGAUUUGUCAACCUAGUGAAUUGAGUAAUUGUAACGACGAAGAGGUAAUAAAAGAUGAUGCAAGUUCAGGUGAUGAGGGUUCUGAUAAUGGCCCAGAUGGAGGAAAUAAUGGAGAUAAUGGCUCUGUAAGUGGGCGUACAUGUCACCAAUGUAAUGGUAUAAAUUGUUUACGCACCACCUAUGAGUCAACACAAAAAUGUCUUAAUGAUUUGGAUAUCUGUGUAAAUGUAUUUGAUGGCGAAACAAUAUUGGCUCAAGGUUGCCUCGAGCAACUUUCGGAAGAUUUGCGCCAUAAAUGUGAUGCGCAAAAUUUGAAUGAUUCAAAUGAUUGCUUUAAGUGCAACGAAAACUUGUGCAACAAUUUGGCUUCGAAAUCAUUUGAAUGUAUUCAAUGUGAUUCUGAGACUGACGAAAAUUGUCGUAUAAAUCCUAAAAGUUUGUUGCCCUCGAGAUGUGUAAUUUCUCGGACGCCUAAUGAAUAUUGCUUUGUUAAACAAGAAGGCAAUCAUGUGAUUCGGGGCUGCGCUAAAACUUUAGAAGAACAAAAAUCAUGUUUAUCCAGUACGGAUUGUAUGAUCUGUCAACCCAGUCAAUUGAGUGGUUGUAAUGACAGUGAACUACUAAUUGAUGACAGUGGCUCAGGUGGUUCGGGUGAUGGUGGUUCCGGAAAUGGUUCAGGUGGUGGCGGAUCAGAAGAUGGUGGAUCCGGUAGCGGUUCAGAUGGAGGAAAUCCAGGAGAUGGUGGAUCGGGUAGUGGCUCAGAUGGAGGAAACACAGGAGAUGGUGGAUCGGGUAGUGGAGGAUCUGAUGAUGGUAAUGGGGGAAGUGGAUCAGGUGAUGGAGGGUCUGGUGAUGGAUCUGGAGAUGGUGAUAAUGGUUCAGGAAGUGGAGGAUCUGGUGAUAAGCCUGAUAACAAUGGUUCUAAUAUUAUAAGUUCUCAUAUUUUUAUUUUUGUGAUAAAUGUAAUUAUUGCAUUUUAUUGCAUUUAAAUAAUCUACCUACACAUAAGUAUUUGUUGCAUAAUUAAAAGUUAAAUGAAAAAAUAUACACACAAACAUAAAUAUGUAUUAACAUA